AUGGGUCGAGCACGCCAAGUCUUAUCUCCCGUUCAGCAACAUGUCGAGGCUGCCGAGCCGCAGAAGCCAUACAAAGCCGAGAUGAACGCUCUCCUGGAACGCCUCGAGGGUGUCGAUGCCAUGCACAGCCCUGCAUCUCUUCCUUUCAACGUCAAGUUCCAGCUGCAAGCACUUGCGCAGAACGCAGUUCUCCGGCCGCGUAUCAUACACGGCCUGCUUGGGGACAUCGACGCCAUGAUAUCUCGGGCGGGUCCACAGAUCUGCACUUACGCGAUUAGGAGCUUAUCCCAUGAGCUUCCAUCUCGAUGUCUUCGGAUAGAUGAUGAUACCGCAAUGCUCUUGGCUGCAAGAAGUAUUUUGCAGGACGCCGAGACUCGAAUGAAGGAAGGCGGUCUCCUUCCGGAAGAAUUGCAAAACAUUGGCGGCCGAGCACAUAUCCACAGAGUGACUUUUACACCUGCUGGAAUGUAUCUUUACGGUCCGGAGCACGUCAACAACAACCGAGUGCUUCGGAAGUAUUCUGAGAACCAUGACGCAUUUAUCCGGGUACAAUUUUGUGACGAAAACGGAGACCCGAUUCAUUACAAUGCCAACUGGUCAAAUGACACUAUCUACUAUUCGAGGUUCAAGAAGAUUUUGAACGAAGGCUUUCAUAUAGCCGGAAGGCGCUACGCGUUCCUCGGCUUCUCUCAUUCUUCCCUCCGGGCCCAGUCCUGCUGGUUCAUGGCCCCUUUUAUUCAUGAUGGGUCUCUAUUGUACGAUCGUCAACUCAUCCAAGGCCUAGGCGACUUUUCAGAGAUUCGGUGCCCAGCGAAGUGUGCUGCCAGGAUCGGGCAGGCAUUCUCAGAGACGCCUAUCGCUGUUACCGUGACAGAAGGCGUGGCUCAGGUGAUUGAUGACAUCGAGCGUAACGGCCGGGUGUUCAGCGACGGCGUCGGGACGAUAUCGAAGAUAUUACUGGAGAAGAUCUGGGCUGCAUUGCCGGUUGAGGGAAAGGCCAGAAAACCUCGCGUCUUUCAGAUCCGGUAUUCAGGCGCAAAAGGAAUGAUAUCAUGGGAUCCCAGACUCACUGGCGAGAAGAUGCUUUUACGCAAGUCUAUGGUCAAAUUUCCUGCGCCGGAUUCCCUUGAUAUCGAGAUAUGCGACGCUGCUUACCGGCCAUUGCCCUAUUUCCUGAAUCAACAGACAAUCAAGAUCCUUGAAGACAUGGGUGUCGACGAGAGUUUCUUCCUUUUCCACCAAAACAGGGAACUCGAUCGACUUCAAUCGACUACUUCCAACCCGACACGAGCCUCUCAGUUCCUCAAAGCUCACUCCAUCGGCGACAGUAUCCACCUUCCCUGGUUCUUCAAACAGUUGUCCAAGAUGGAAAUCUCUUUCCUGGACGACACGUUCCUUUCCAAUGUCGUCGAAAUGGCUGUCUUGAUAGAGCUGCGGACACUGAAGUACAAGGCCAGGAUCCCAGUCAAGGAUGGAUAUACUCUCCGCGGGAUCAUGGACGAGACCGGCAUACUUCAAGAAGGUCAAAUUUUCUGCAUAGUCGAAGAGGGCGACCUCCCUAAAGUCAUCGCAGGCGAGAAUUUGAUCAUAUCCCGCUCUCCAGCCCUUCACCCGGGCGAUGUUCGCUGCGUUACAGGAGUAACCGUGCCCUCUUCUUCACCACUUAUGGCACUUCGCAACUGUGUAUGCUUCAGUUCCCGAGGAAGCAGGGAUCUCCCGAGUCAGCUCAGUGGUGGGGACCUUGAUGGAGACCUGUACCAGAUCCUAUUUGACCCGAAAGCCCGACCGGAACGCGUCUUCGAGCCCGCUGAUUAUCCAAGGGCAAAGCCCAUCGACCUCGAACGGUCAGUCCAGCGGGAAGAUAUGACGGACUUCUUCAUCACCUUCAUGGCCACCGACCAGUUGGGCCGGAUCGCCAAUCAGCAUAAAUAUCUAGCCGACCAACGUGAGAACGGGACUUUGGACCCCGACUGCAUCAAGCUUGCAGAAUUGCAUUCGACGGCUGUGGAUUUUUCCAAGAGUGGAAUACCGGUCGACUUGACGAAAUUGCCACGCUCGAACCAUUUUCGACCCGACUUUAUGGCACCAGGGCCGCACGUUGUCAUAGAAAAGGCGAAACCACCAAGUUUCGCCGCUCCACCAGAGUCCCGCGAUGAUGGUGACGACGACGAAGACGGGCCUACGUACAGAUAUUACGAGAGCGAUAAGAUCUUAGGAAAGCUGUUCCGAGCCAUUGAUGAGUACAAGAUCCUUUCGACUGUGCAGAGCGCCGCUCGAACAGAACGUCUGCGCUUUGCCCAAAGGUCACACUCGGUGCUGGAUGCUGUCUGGGCCAACGUCUAUCGGCGGUGUCAGUAUAUCAACUGGGAGGAGCACGUUCCUCGAGCUUCCGGAAUCCGUGACGAAUACGAAUCCAUUGUCCAUGACUUUGCUGUCGAUUACGGAAUCUCCUUUUCCCAGCCUCUCAGUGAGUACGAAGUCUUCAUAGGCAACAUUCUGGGCCGAGCUGGCGCUCAGAGUAAAACUCAACGUGAAAACUCCCAAAAUCUCCGACAAAGCUUCCGCGAGGCCUUGCGGUAUAUUGUUGGUCGUAUCGUCAAGGACGAGGGCGGGGAGAGCGAGCACGCCCUUGCACGGAGCGUGGCUUGUUUGGCGGUCGGAAUAGAGACUUCGAACUCGGCAGCUGUGAGAGGUGCUUCGAAAGAAGUCCUGGUCAGCUUUGGAUAUGUCGCCGCUUCCGUGUGCCUGUGGGAAUUAGAUCAACUGGUAGAGGCCAGAGGCGAUGUGCUUACUAUGUAG